GGAACUUUCCACAAAAGCCAAACAGUUCAAGCAAAAGCUGGAGAUGCACUAGCGACCAGGGAAAACGGUAGCUCGUUUCCUUCUGCUAAAGAAGCCCGGUGGACAACAUGUGUUUCUAGGUUACCUGAGGCAAAUUGCUUCAAGGCAACAUGAAUAAGAGAGAGAUCAGUGUGUGUCGACAGACUUGGGCCUUACUCUGCAAGAACUUGCUUAAAAAAUGGAGAAUGAAAAGGGAGACCUUAAUGGAGUGCCUGGGCUCAUUGUUCCUGCUACUUACUUUGUACCUCUAUCCUAGUCAUGAGGUUACUGAUUUGUCUUCACGGAGUACCCCAGACCUGGGACGGGUGGAUUCACUGAACCUGUCUACCUUUACUCUGACCUACACACCCGUCACCAAUACUACCCAGCAGAUCAUGAGUAAAGUCGCCUCGGUAUCCUUUAUGCAUGAUAAAGAAAUCUUGGGACUCUCUAGUGAAGAAAGAAUGCAAGAAUUAACGUCAAAUUAUCCUGGGGAAACAAUAGGAGUCAUCUUUACGAAUACAUUCUUGUAUAAUUUGAAAUUCUACCCAGGAAAAAGAAUUCCAGUGAUAAAGGAACACAAGGACCACUCAGCUCAUUGCUGGACGGUGUAUACGGAAGAUGUUAGAUGUACAGUUACAGAAUUCUGGGAUGAAGGUUUUGUGGCUCUUCAAGCUGCCAUUAAUGCUGCCAUUAUAGAAGUCACAACAAAUCACUCAGUGUUGGAGGAACUGAUGUCCGUUACUGGACAAACUAUGAAGAUACAUCCCUUCGUUCAUCAAGAUUGGUUCAGCACGAAUAUCCUCGUUUUCUUCUACAUUAUUUUCUUCACCCCAUUCACUUACUAUGCCUCUAUUAAUGUCACAAGAGAGAGGAAACAGAUGAAGGGCUUGAUGACUAUGAUGGGUCUUCGCAAUUCCGCAUUCUGGCUCUCCUGGGGUUUGCUCUAUUGUGGUCCCAUCUUCAUUGUUACCCCUUUCUUGGUGCUUAUUAUAAAAUCUAUCCCACUUAUCAUUUGGACUGGCUUCACGGAGAUCUUCACCCUCUUUCUCCUCUAUGGACUGUCCUUGAUAGCCUUGGCUUUUCUAAUGAGCGUCUUGAUAAAGAAACCCUUCCUCACUGGCCUGGUUGUGUUCCUCCUCAUUGUCUUUUGGGGGAGCCUAGGAUUCAUGGUGUUGAGCAGGCAUCUUCCCGCACCCUUGGAGUGGACGUUGGGUCUUCUUAGCCCCUUUGCCUUCGUUCUGGGAAUGGCUCAGAUUUUACGGGUGGACUAUGAUGUGAAUUCCAACGCAUAUCCCGAUUCAUCGGACUACUUAAAUCAAAUAAUAGCAGUAUAUUUUAUGUUGGCUUUUGAUAUUUUCCUCUACCUGGCAUUGAUGAUUUACUUUGAGAAAAUCUUGCCAAAUAAAUAUGGACAUCGAUAUCCACCCUUGUUUUUCCUAAAGUCCUCCUUUUGGUCACGACAACAUAAUGCUGAUCACAUGGUCCUUGAAGAUGAAAUAGAUCCUGGUCCUUCAUCUAAUGACUGUUUUGAACCAGUGUCUCCAGAAUUCCAUGGGAAGGAAGCCAUCAGAAUCAGAAAUGUUACAAAAGAAUUUAAAGGAAAGCCUGAAAAAAUAGAAGCUUUGAAAGAUCUGACAUUUGACAUAUAUGAAGGCCAAAUCACUGCAAUACUUGGUCACAGUGGAGCUGGAAAAUCAACAUUAUUAAACAUUCUUAGUGGGGUAUCUGUUCCCACCAAAGGUUCAGUCACUGUGUAUAAUAAUAAACUUUCGAACACGGCUGACCUAGAAAAUAUCAGCAAGCUGAUUGGAGUUUGCCCGCAAUUCAAUGUGCAAUUUGACUACCUCACUGUGAGAGAAAAUCUCAGGCUUUUUGCUAAAAUAAAAGGGAUUCAGCCACAGGAAGUGGAACAAGAGAUACAAAGAGUUUUGCUGGAAUUGGAAAUGAAGAAUAUUGAGGACGUCCUUGCUCAAAAUCUCAGCGGUGGACAGAAAAGAAAACUCACCUUCGGGAUUGCCAUUUUAGGAGACCCUCAGAUUUUCCUGCUGGAUGAACCAACUGCUGGGUUGGAUCCCUUUUCAAGGCAUCAAGUGUGGAACUUGCUGAAGGAGCGGAAAAUGAACCGUGUGAUUCUCUUUAGUACCCAGUUCAUGGAUGAGGCUGACAUCCUGGCUGAUAGGAAAGUGUUUCUCUCCAAAGGGAAGCUGAAGUGUGCAGGCUCAUCUCUGUUUCUAAAGAAGAAAUGGGGGAUUGGGUAUCGCUUAAGUUUGCAGUUGAAUGAAAUGUGUGCUCAAGAGAAAAUAACAUCCAUUGUUAGACAGCACAUCCCUGAGGCCAAAUUAUCAGCAGCAAGUGAAGGGAAACUUGUCUAUACACUACCCUUGGAAACAACAUAUAAAUUUCCAGAACUUUAUGAGAAUCUUGAUCUCUGUCCUAAACUGGGAAUUGAGAAUUAUGGUGUUUCCCUGACAACCUUGAAUGAAGUGUUCCUGAAACUAGAAGGAAAAUCAAGUAUUGACGAAUCAGGUGUUGCCACGUCGGGAGAAGCCCAAGCAGAAGAAGCUGGAGACACAGACAGGCUUGUGGACAUGGAACACGUCCUGUCCUUGCUGAGUGAGAUGCGCGACUCGGUCAGCGGCUGGGCUCUGUGGGGACAGCAACUCCGUGCCAUCGCCAGGGUCCGCCUACUGAAACUAAAGCACGAGAGGAAAUGCGUUUUCCCUCUGCUGCUGAUUCUCGGAACCGGACUUCUACCGAUUCUGUGGCAGUUCAUCAGCCGGAAAAUAUCUUUCGACAGUUACACCUGGGAACUUUCUCCUCAUUCAUACUUCCUUGCUCCUGGACAACCACCACAUGACCCUCUCACUCGAGUAUUAAUCAUCAAUAAAACAGGGGCGAGUAUUGAUGACUUCAUACACUCCGUGGAGCGUCAGAACUUGGCUUUGGAAGUGGAUGCGUCCGGAAGCAGGAAUGGCCUGGAUGAUCUUUCGUACAAUGGGGCCAUCAUAGUGUCCAGUCAUGAGAAGAAUUAUAGAUUUUCAUUAGCAUGCAAUACCAAAAGACUGAAUUGUUUCCCAAUUCUUAUGGAUAUUGUCAGUAACGGGUUACUUAAGAUGGUCACACCAUCAGCACGGAUCCAAACGGAGAGAAGUACAUUCAUGCCAAUGCCAUUUGGUCCAUUGGAAUUCGGGAUGCCUUCCAUGGUCUGGUGGCUUUUGUCAUCCUGUUGUGCUCCUUAUAUCGCCAUGAACAGCAUUGAUGAUUAUAAGAACAAAGCGUGGUCCCAGCUGCGGAUUUCGGGGCUCUUCCCUUCUGCGUACUGGCUUGGACAGGGGCUGGUGGAUGUCCCACUGUACUGGCUGAUGUUCCUCUCUGUGUAUUUGCUGGAAUUACUUUUACUCUCCCAAGACUUUAUAUUUAGCGUUUCAAAUCACCUUAUGCAGAUCCCAUGUUCUAUCGGUUAUGCUGCAUCUCUUAUCUUCCUUAUGUAUGUAAUUUCAUUCAUUUUUCGCAAGGGGAGAAAACAUUGUGGCCUUUGGUCUUUUUGCUUCUUUAUCUUCACCAUCUUCUGCGUGGCCAUGUUUAUGAUGGAGUUACCUGGGUUUCCCAUACUGUACUUCAUGUUUUUAAUACCACACACCACAUUAAUUGGCUUCGUGCUCUUAUCCUUCCAUCAUUUUGCGUUUUCUCUGUUUAAUGGAGGCGAAACCUCACAGCCCAUUCUGCCAUUCCUAGCUCCUUUUUUCCAUUUUAUCGUCUUGCUUUUUGUUCUUCGAUGUCUGGAAUGGAAGUGUGGAAAGAAAUCGAUGAGGAAGGAUCCCUUCUUCCGGAUUUCUCCAAGGAGCAUCAGUGUGUGCCAAAACCCAGAAGAGCCGGAAGAGGAGGACGAAGAUGUUCAGAUGGAAAGAGAGAGAACAGCAAAUGCCUUGAAUUCCCCAAACUUUGACGAGAGACCAGCCAUUAUCGCCAGCUGUCUACGCAAGGAGUACAUGAGGAAGGGGAAGCACUGUUGGUCCAAGAAGAAGAAGAAAAUUGCCACAAGAAACGUCUCUUUCUGUGUUAGAAAAGGUGAGGUUUUAGGAUUACUUGGACACAAUGGAGCUGGUAAAAGCACAUCCAUUAAAGUGAUUAUUGGAGACACAAAACUCACUGCUGGACAGGUGCUACUAAAAGGCAGCAGCGGAGGGGACGCCCCCAAGUUCCUGGGGUACUGUCCCCAGGAGAACGCGCUGUGGCCCAGCCUGACGGUGAGGCAGCACCUGGAGGUGUUCGCGGCGGUGAAGGGGCUGAGGAAAGCGGACGCCGAGGUCACCAUCGCGCGGUUGGUGGAGGCGCUCAAGCUGUGGGACCAGCAGAGGCGGCCCGUGAAGGCCUUACCCGAGGGGAUAAAGAGAAAGCUGUGCUUCGCGCUGAGCAUCCUGGGAAACCCUUCGGUGGUGCUGCUGGACGAGCCGUCCACGGGCAUGGACCCCGAGGGGCAGCUGCAGAUGUGGCAGGCGAUCCGGGCCACCGUUAGAAACACGGAGCGGGGCGCCCUCCUGACCACCCAUUACAUGGCGGAGGCCGAGGCCGUGUGCGACCGCGUGGCCAUCAUGGUGUCCGGGAGGCUGAGAUGCAUCGGUUCCAUCCAGCACCUGAAGAACAAAUUUGGCAAAGAUUACCUGCUGGAGAUGAAGGUGAAGACUCCCACGCAGGUGGAGCCCCUCCACGGCGAAAUCCUGCGGCUUUUCCCCCAGGCUGCUCGGCAGGAGAGGUACUCGUCUCUGAUGGUCUAUAAGUUGCCGAUGGAGGAUGUGCGACCUUUGGCCCAGGCCUUCUUCAAAUUGGAGAGCGUUAAACAGAGCUUCGACCUGGAGGAGUACAGCCUCUCUCAGUCCACCCUGGAGCAGGUCUUCCUGGAGCUCUCCAAGGAGCAGGAGCUGAAGAAUUUUGAUGAUGAAUUUGAAUCCUCCAUGAAGUGGAAGCUGCUCCCACAGGAAGACCCGUGACACCCCUACUACCCGUGUUUCCAUUCAAGCGUGUGGUCGGCAUUUCCUUGUAGAGCACCAGGGUUUAUAUUUAGACCCUAUAAUGGAAACACUGACAUGGCUUUUGGUGUGGUGGAGCGAGUGCUAGAUAAACACAGUAAAAACGGGGACAGAGAGCCCUGGCCGGUUUGACUCAGCGGUUAGAGUGUCAGC